GUUUCAUUGCAUGUUGAACAUGGAAACCAUGCCUGCCUGCCUGCUUAAAAUCAAUAGGAAAACAAAUUAACAUAUCCUUUUCACUUCCCUAAAUUUAUAAUUACGGUCAUAGACGGAGGGCGAGCUGCAUUACAGGCGCCCAGACGACAUUGCAUGUACGAUCGAAGGGGCCAUGCAUUAACAAAAUAUUAUAUUGGUUUCAUUGAAUAAUUAGAAAACACAAACAAAGACGAAGAAUGUACAAAAACAUAAGUUCAUUAUGGAUAGGUUUGUUCAUGUCGGUGAUAUUCUUGUGUGGUGCGAUUCAGGUAGGCGCCUUUUUGGGGAUAAAUUGGGGGAGAGCGGCAGGACAAAAUUUUGUUCCGUCGAUGGUGGUGGAUUUACUAUUACAGAAUGGAAUUACAGAUAUGAGAAUUUUUCAACCAAGUUUUCACGUUCUUGAUGCUUUUGCAGACACCAAUAUUGGUGUGACCAUCACCUUACAAGUCAACUUUUUAAAAAAUGUCAAGAGACAAAAACAAAUGGACAACUUUAUUUAUGAACGUAUCAAGUUUUAUUCCGACAAAGGAGUUAAAUUCAGGUAUGUGUACGUGGGGAACGAACCCUUUAUCAAAACAACAAAUCAAAAUAGAUUAGUUAACGGUGAUGUCAAUUUCCUGAAUAUGACCAGAUAUGCCCUCGAUACUUUCAACUUCACAGAUAUCAAAGUAACAACUCCCCAUUUCUUGGACUGCUUAAUAAAUGUGACCAAACCAUCAGAAGGUGAUUUUCGGGAAGACAUAAAGGAGAAAAUGAUAGAAAUGGUCGAUUUCAUUGACAAAAAUAGUGGCCCUUUCGUUCUCAAUAUAUUCCCAAUCCAUACCGUUUUUAGAUACGGAUUUGAUUUGGAAUUUGCUUUCUUCGAUAAUAAAUCCAAGUUCAAGGUCGUAGAUGGCAAUAACACCUAUAAUAAUCUCUUCACUUUCGUAUAUGAUACCCUUGUUUCAGCUCUAACAAAGGCAGGUCAUGGUAAUAUGGACAUUGUUAUUGGACAAAUUGGUUGGCCUACAGAUGGAUACAUUAGUGCAAAUGAAGAAAAUGCUGAAAGAUUUUACCGUGGCCUUUUUCAAUAUAUGUCUAGGAAAGAAGGAACUCCACUACGCCCUAAUAGGGAUAUAAGUAUGUAUCUCCUUUCCUUGACAGAUGAAACUAGGAAUACUCUAGAAUAUGGCGCUUAUAUGCGACACUGGGGUAUCUAUAAACUCGAUGGUAUACCCAAGUACAAAAUUGAUUUCACGAUGCAAGAUCGAGAUAUCAAACCUACCGUUGCCAAAGGUACUGUAUACAUGCCAAAAAGAUGGUGUGUGUUUGAUGGUAGAACCGAUCACAACGAGACACUAGUGUUGCAAGAUUACAAGUACGCCUGUGAUGAUUCCGACUGCAGUUCUUUUGGCGCUGGUGCUUCGUGUGAUAACCUUAGUUUCCCUCAGAAGGUCUCAUAUGCAUAUAAUAUGCGUUACCAAAUGGAAAAUCAAGAUCAGCGGAAAUGCAAUAUGAUAGGAGGUGUGAUCACCACAGUUAAUCCUUCAACUCCAGAUUGUGAGUUCCCAAUAGAGAUCUUAACUGCAGAGAUUGUAGAUGGUGGAAAUGCAGUAACAAAAAGAUAUUAGAGCACCACCCAUUCACCAAUAAAUAUAUAUUCCAAAUUUCCAAUACCUUUAUAUAUGCAUAUACUAGUUUCUCGAUA